ACGCGCAAGUGCACCUCCCAAUUGGGUGCGUUUCGCGGCUCCGCGACGGCGAUGGUGACGGCGGUGGCCUGUCAGUCGAUGUUCGUAAAUGGUGAUGUAUGUUCGUGGGCUCGUAGCUGCCUGGUGAUUCGUUGUCGUACGUGGUAAACUGCCUUGUCAGUGAGCCUCGGACGAGAAAUGAGUACGCAAAAGCCGGGAGAAUGGGCGAACGCGCUAAUCACGCGCUUCGAGGAUCAGCUACCGUGUCGUUCUGGUUCUCGAAACGUCCUCGUGAACGAGGAGAGGAACAUUAAAUGCCUAAUCGCGAUCUCGCAGUAUCGCUUCUCUCUCGUUAUAUCUGGCCUCCUGAAGGUGCUGCAGCGCGUCAACGACACGGAACACCGAGCAACGACACCGAACACUGGCAACCAACGGCUGUUUCAGAAUAUGGAUCUGGCUCGACAAGAGUCUAUUAUAAUUGUCUUGGACACAUUGGAGAAGUGCCUGGCCAACCAACCAAAGGAUACAACGAAAUUCGAGGAGGCCAUGAACGUGAAAUUGUUGCUCAGGGAGAUUUGUCAGUUUAUAGGUAUACCAGCCGACUGCCCGCAGACGAAAACGAUAAAAGAGCUGGCGAGCAAAGUGCUGUUCGCUCUGAGCUUGAAUUUUUUUAACGCGGUCUUCAACCGGAUAUCAGCCCGGCUGCAGGAACUGUCCAACAGCGGGGACGAGAAUCCGGACUGCAGCGACAUUGAAAUAAUGCAGCAUAUUAACGUUGACGUUGAUAGACUGACCAGGCUCUUGAAUGAAACGAUACAGAAAGUUCGGUCACUAAAGAAAUCGGCGCACCUAAUUCUCAUGAAUUCCCUGGAGAAGGCGAUCUGGAAUUGGAUGGAUACAUAUCCGGACGAAUUCGGCGAAGUGCAGAGGCAGCCCAACGAAGACCUGAGCAAAGCGUGCGAGGAACUGUUCCACGUACUCGACACAUUCGUCGACAACAAGAAGAGCCGAGUCGCGGCGGUGUGGCCAUUGCAAAUCAUGCUGUUGGUACUGUCACCUAAGGUGCUGGAGGAGAUCGUGAGAUCUGACAAGGGUACAUCGGGUUCACCGCGGCAUAACAAAAAAAAACUCUUCAUCGAUAAUGUGAAGCGCAGCCUGGGAAUGUACGGCAGUUGCUCCAGCCGGCAGCUGACCGAGGCCGCGGCGGUCACAUGCGUCAAGCUUACGAAAGCGGCCACGUAUAUCAGCAACCAGCACACUAACAACGUUGUGUUGACCUUGGUGCAGCAACUGAUGGCCGACCUAGUGUCGCUUCUCUUCAGUACUUCGAAACCUUUCUACCGCGGGCAAAACUACACCGCGCAAGACGUCGAUCUAAUAAUCGACUGUUUUAUUAGUUGCUUCCGCAUCAAUCCACACAACAGCGAAGUUUUAAAAGUCUGCCUGAACGCUAACUAUCCCUCGAUGUACCAGUUUGUCCUAGUCAGCUCGUUGUACAAGAUCAUUACGCAACCGAGAUUGUCAUGGUGGCCGCAAAUCGACCUUCUGUAUCCGCAUAGCACGAAAUUGCGAAAUAUGUUCACCGAUACGCUCAACAAGGUCACGCAAAAUUACAUAUGGUACGCGCCGUUGCGCAUGAUUCACAGCUUGAAUUUACUCAAAAGCAAGGAGGACAUUGCCAACUCUAAGAACGUGUUGCUGGGAAUGGUGCGGCUCAUUCACGCGGAUCCUAUGCUAAUGUUGCACAAUUCUGGUAAACCUCACGGUCAAGACAUGCAAAAUUCCACCUUAGAGCUGAUCAAUGGACUUGUCUCGCUGAUCCAUCAAACCACGAUGCCAGACAUCGCCGAUGAGGCGAUGAACGCUUUAUUAGUCUUGCAUGACCCACACAUAAUCAAAGCGUGGAAUCCUGAAGCGCCGAUGAAUACUUACUGGGAUGUCAGCUCGCAAGUUCUCUUUUCAAUCUCCCAGAAGUUGAUUCAACAUCAAAUUAUUAACUAUACGAUUAUACUCAAUUGGCUGCACAAGAUAUUGCUUCGCAGGAAUGACUUUCUAGCUCAGUACAAGGAUUAUGCGAACGUGGGCAGCGAAAUUGCGAUUUGCAAACAAGCACACAUCAAACUCGAGGUCGUUUUCUUGAUGUAUUUAUGGAGUAUAGACACAGAGGCUGUUUUAAUAUCUAUGGCUUCUUUCGGGUUGUUGUGCGAGGAAGCUGAUAUUCGUUGUCGCAGCGACGAUGUGACGGUGACUUGUCUCCUUCCAAACUAUAAUUUGUAUAUAGAUUUAGCGAAAACUUGGAUGUUACACGCUGACCAAGGCGGAUUACAAAAGAGAAUAUUAUUUUUAUUGAGAAGGAUAGAGCACUGUGUGGAUGGCGUAUACCCUGCUUGGGAAGAGACUGUGAGAAGUUGGGAGGUUACUUCACGACAAUUGUCCAAUUAUCCUAAAACUAAGACGGAAGAUGGUCAAGGGGAUCGCAGUACCGCGAAACGAAGAGCGGCACAUCAGAAUUCGGAACAUGAGAUGGAGGAUCAACUGAACGAGUGGGCCAAUAUGACAGGAUUCCUAUGUGCUUUAGGUGGAGUGUGCCUGCAGCGUUCCUCAUCGAAUAUGCCAUUCGGUGUACCGUUCUCUAAUUCUGAACCUAAGAAAAGUUCAAUGAAACAACAGGAGCUUAGUUCGUCGUCUGGCUUAACAAAUUCUAGCCAAGAAGUACAAUAUUGCCCGGUGACGCAGUUUGUACUCAACUUGCUACGACUGCUGAUUUGUAACAAUGAAAAAUUCGGCACUCUGAUACAAAAGCAUGUGAAGGAGCUGAUUGCGUACGAAUUGAGCCCUGCCUUAUAUCCAAUAUUGUUUGAUCAAAUUAAGAGCAUCGUCGAGAAAUUUUUCGACCAACAAGGUCCAGUGAUACUGCAGGAUCUAAAUACGCAAUUCAUUGAGCAUACAAUAUUUAUAAUGAGAGCCGUCUUGGAGUCCAAAACGGAUCAGCAUUCGAAGUAUCUUGGUAUGACUAGUAUUGAAGGCAUGACAUUGGUAAUCGUUAGAUACGUCAGACAUUUGGACAUGUCGGUGAAUUCGAUUUGCAUUAAAACAAAAUUGUGCCAGCUGGUGGAAGUAAUGAUGAAGAGGCGAGACGACCUGGCGUUCAGGCAAGAAUUGAAAUUUCGGAACAAACUGGUCGAGUAUCUGACCGAGUGGGUGAAUUGCGCGAACCACAUUAUCUCGACAAGUGGUACCGAUAUUACGGUUUACGCUAGAGAUUUGGAUCAAGCUUGCAUAGAAGCAGUGGCUGCGUUGUUGCACGGACUUCCCCUUCAGCCUGAGGAGUCUGAUCGUUGUGAACUGAUGGAUGCGAAGUCCGAACUGUUCUUGAAAUAUUUCACGCUCUUUAUGAAUUUAAUAAACAAUUGCAAAGAAUCGUCGGAGGAAAAAGACGUCGUAUCUCGACAAAGGAACAGCAAGCUAGCCACUUUACGCGACACCACUAUCCAAGCUAUGAGCAAUCUUCUUAGCGCGAAUAUAGACAGUGGUCUACGACACUCGAUAAGUUUAGGUUAUAACCCGGAUCUCCAAACGAGAGCAGCGUUCAUGGAAGUACUGACUAAGAUCCUCCAACAAGGAACACAGUUUGAUACUCUUGCCGAGACUGUGCUAGCGGAUAGAUUCGAGCAACUAGUUCAGCUAGUUACAAUGAUUAGCGACAAGGGCGAAUUGCCUAUCGCCAUGGCUUUAGCUAACGUAGUAACGACGAAUCAAAUGGAUGAACUAGCGCGCGUGUUUGUGACGCUUUUCGAUGCAAAGCACUUGCUGUCGCCUCUGCUAUGGAAUAUGUUUUAUCGAGAAGUCGAAUUGACUGAUUGCAUACAAACCCUGUUUCGCGGCAAUACUUUGGCGAGUAAAAUCAUGGCCUUUUGCUUUAAGAUUUAUGGCGCCAGCUACUUACAAAAUUUACUCGAACCUCUCAUUAAACCUUGGAUGGACGAGCCUACAAUUAGUUUUGAGAUAGAUGGUGCAAGAAUUGACCCGAAUGAGAAUAUCCAGCAAAACGGUUGUAACUUGAUCGCCUUGACACAAAAGGUGUUCGACGGUAUAGUGUCAUCGGCCGAUGAAUUUCCUCCGCAAUUACGUUCGAUGUGUCAUUGCCUGUAUCAAGUAUUGAGCAAAAGAUUCCCGCAAAAUCCGCAGAACAAUAUUGUGGCUGUAGGAACGAUGAUAUUCUUGCGUUUCAUUAAUCCCGCUAUUGUCUCUCCUCAAGAAAUGAGUAUUGUGAAUGUACCAGUAUCAUCUACAAUGAAACGAGGCCUCAUGCUCAUGUCGAAGAUAUUGCAAAAUAUCGCCAAUCACGUAGAGUUCAGCAAGGAGCAACAUAUGUUGCCCUUCAAUGACUUCUUGCGAGCUCACUUCGAGAUCGCUCAACGAUUCGUCAUACAGAUCACGUCGGACUGCGAAACUUUCGGCGAAACCCAUCAUCCGAUGUCGUUCGUCUCGGACGCUAACGUUCUGGCGUUACACAGGUUGUUGUGGAAUCAUCAAGAGAGAAUGGGAGACUACCUCAGCAGUAUCCGAGACCAUAAAGACGUGGGCAGGAGACCUUUUGACAAAUUGGCCACACUGCUAGCGUAUCUUGGCCCACCUGAACGUAAACCAGUGGACUCUCACUCGCUAUUUUCGUCCUCUUACGUUCGUACGAUGGUACGGUGGCAGCAGAUAAGCAGCGACAUGUCGUCGACGUACUUCGAAGAGGUCAUGAUGAAGCUGAAUGUGCACCAGAGAGAAGAUUUUAAGAGCAUCCAAAGUAUGAAUAUAUUUUAUCAAGCAGGUACUAGCAAGCAAGGCUAUCCGGUAUUUUACUACAUUGCACGACGAUACAAGUUCGGCGAAAUGAAUGGUGACUUUUUGAUGUAUCACGUAAUUUUAACUUUAAAGCCUUUUUACCAUUCUCUAUACGACGUGGUCUUCGAUUUCACUCACACGAACUCGGAUAAUCGUUUCCGAAAGGAAUUUUUGCACAAAUGGUUCUACAUGCUGCCGAAAGUGGCCUACGACAAUAUCCACGCGGCCUAUAUUUACAAUUGCAACAGUUGGCUGCGCGAAUAUGCCAAACGUAACGACAGGAUUCUGGCGCCAUUCAAGGGUAAUCGAAAAGUGAUCUUCGUGGAUGGUCCAGGAAGACUGAACGAUGUAAUCGACAUCGAACAACAGAAACUACCCGGAGCAACCUUAUCCUUGGACGAGGACUUGAAGGUUUUCGCUAGUAUGCUGAAAUUAUCCAACAAAGAGAUCAGAGUGUCUGUGAAGAUCGGAUCAACGGCCUUGCAGAUCACUCACAUGGAUAAGACCAAGGUGUUGUGGCAGUACGUUGCCUUGAAUGAUGUUUUCUACGCGUCCGAGAUCGAAGCAGUCUGUCCGAUGGAUGAGAGUCAAUUCACGCUGACCAUCUUCAACGAAGCUGGGCUGCUGACGUUCACUCACAAUGACUGCGAGAGCAUUGUGCAGGCUAUAAAUCAUAUCAAGAAUCGCUGGCUGCUGUCGCAGUCGGACUCGGUAGCCGUCCACUCAAAAAUUCGGCCUAAGGACGUGCCCGGCACUCUAUUGAACAUGGCUUUGCUAAAUCUCGGCAGUCCAGACCCGAAUCUCCGCACCGCUGCGUACAAUCAUCUAUGCGCGCUCACGGCAACGUUCGACUUGAAGAUCGAGGGCCAGCUGUUGGAGACCUCCGGUCUCUGUAUACCAUCAAAUAAUACAAUAUUCAUCAAGCACCUCAGCGAGACACUGGCGACGAACGACCCGCAUCUUACUCUCGAAUUCCUCGCCGAAUGCAUACAGGGCUUUAAGGCGUCGACAAUCGAGCUGAAACAUUUGUGCCUCGAGUACAUCACACCGUGGCUGAAUAAUCUCGUGCGAUUUUACAAGUCCAACGACGAGUGCGGAAGGCGGCAAAAGCAGCUCACCGAGAUCCUGAACCAGCUUAUCACGUUGACCGCCGAGGAGGUCGAGAUGUAUCCGAGCAUACAGGCGAAGAUUUGGGGCACGAUCGGCCGGCUGCCCGAGUUAAUCGACAUCGUUCUCGAUACGUUCAUUUACCGCAGCGUGCAACAUCGUCUAGGCUCGCAUAUAGCGGAAAUCUUGGCGGAUACUGCGGUCGCUUUAGCGUCCGGCAAUGUGCAGCUGGUGGCCAAGAAAGUGAUUGGAAGACUGGUUCGAAUGGUGGACAAGACCUGCUCGUCGCCAACGCCGUUGUUAGAGCAGCAUAGUAUGUGGAGCGACAUAGCGAUCUUGGCGAGGUAUCUCCUGAUGUUGUCCUUCAAUAAUUGCCUGGACGUGGGAAAGCACUUACCGUAUGUAUUUCAUACGGUGACGUUCCUCGUGUGCACCGGCUGCUUGACUAUGCGAGCGUGCACUCACGGCUUAGUGAUCAACACCAUUCAUUCUUUGUGCACGUGCAGUUCGCCUUCCUUCUCCGAGGAUACAUAUAGGAUACUGCGUAUGAGUCUCGAUGAGUUCUCAUUGCCGAAGUACCACUUGCUAUUUGGCAUCAGCAAAGUGAAGUCCGCCGCCGAUACGGCCUUCUACAAACAUCCGGGAUCCAUUAAGCAGGAUCUCUGUAAACAAUCGAACGAGAAGGGCCUCAACAAUGAGCGAAACAUGUCCAAUGCGCAGGACAGAGAGAGACUCUCCUUGACCAGCUUGGAAGUCAUAACCGACGCUCUACUAGAGAUCAUGGAGGCCUGCAUGCGAGACAUUCCGAGGUGUGACUGGUUGAAAACGUGGACUGCAUUAGCGAGAAGCUUCGCCUUUUGUUUCAACCCGGCUCUACAGCCAAGAGCACUCAUUGUUUUCGGCUGUAUUAGCAAAAGCAUAACGGAUCAGGAUAUAAAACAGUUGUUGAGGAUAUUGGUAAAAGCGCUUGAAAGUUUUAAUGACAUUACUCUGUUGGAGGCGAUCGUAAUGUGCUUGACGCGAUUGCAACCUCUUCUGAGACCGGAAUCACCAAUACAUAGGUACUUAUUUUGGAUCGCCACGUCUGUUCUCGAGUUAGACGAGCCGUCAUUGUAUGCUGCUGGCUUAGGACUUCUUGAACAGAAUUUGCAUACACUCGACUCCCAGGGUACUUUUGACACCAAGACGUUAGAGCACGUAAUGAUGUCAACGCGCGAGCCUCUAGAAUGGCAUUUCAAACAGCUGGAUCAUUCUGUAGGCUUAUCUUUUAAAUCGAACUUCCAUUUCGCAUUGGUCGGUCACUUAUUGAAAGGCUACAGGCAUCCCACCACAGUUACCAGAACGUCCAGAGUAUUAACCAAGUUGUUAGCAAUCGUGGCUAAGCCUUCAAAAAGGGACAAAUUCGAAGUGACGCCCGUCAGCGUUCCCUACUUGGCUGCGUUAGUGUCCAUCUCAGAGGAAGUCCGUACCAGAUGUCAUAUCCGGCACUCAUUCACAUCCAGCAAUAGCUCGCAAGACUCAUCGAGUAGCACGGAGACUCUUGAUAAUAUGCGCAAUACUGAAGCAUUGGUUGCAACGGAAACUGUUGUACCUAAUCCUACGAGUAGAAGACAAAAAACUUGGGACUUGUUGGACCAAACGGCGCUCGCUCAAGCGAGAAAACAAAAGCAACAUUCUGCACAGCGAUCUAGAAGCGUGCCGAGUGCGAAGGAAGCUAAACCAACAGACGAGGCAGAACUGCAGGCCCGUAGUAAUGGGGUGAACCUGAAAAGCAACGAAAACAACGUCCUGCUCGAUCCAGAAGUAUUGACCGAUCUCGCGACGCAGACUCUAGUUCUGACCGUGUUGGCGACUCUAGUAAAGUACUCCACUGACGAGAACGAGAUACGAAUUCUUUAUGAGUAUCUGGCGGAAGCGACUAUAGUUUUCCGGAAAGUUUUCCCAGUUGUACACAACUUGCUCGAUGCAAAGAUCAAUAGUGUGCUGUCGACUUACCACGACCAGGCGAUAUUGAACGCGGUUGAAGUCAUUAUACAAAACAUGAUAGCCUGCGAGGAUACGAGCCAACAACAAUUACAUUAUUUACAGAGCUGUGGUUUUCGCGGUCUCUGGAGGUUUGCGGGACCAUACACGAACUCCAGUUGUACGCCCGAAAGUGCCGAAUUGUUUGUGAACUGCCUAGAGGCGAUGGUAGAAACGUGUCUACCGGUGGAAGAGUGCGAUGGUCCGAAUAGCAAUGAGUCGGUUGCCGGAAGAAGUAGACAGGCUGGCGGCUAUCAAUCAGACACGAAAACGAAACAGUCUGUAACCGGAUUUAUCAGGAGACCUUCACACGCGUUUUCGGAGGAGAAUGCUUCGCUUCAUAUAUAUAAUCAUGCAACGGAAGGUAACAGAAAUAAUUUCACGGUAGAGUCGGAGCAGACCGAAGAUGCGAGUGGUACUUACAAAUGUGGUAAUAACGCUUCACAAUCUUAGCAAUUAGAUUUUGAUACUAGCAAAGAGAGCGAUAAACGCGAGCGCAAGCGGAAAAUUUGUCGGAGAUUGCAGCGGCAGAUGCGAUGCAUGAAUUCGCACGAUUAAACGGUAAAUAUAAAAUCUGUUCUUUACAGUCACUUCUUCUAUAAUCUAUCCUCCAACCUAUUUCUAUUCUUUUUCUUCGUUUCUACCAAAUAUCAAGUAUACAUGUAUUUACUCCAUUUCAAUAACUUGGCGCAACUACGAAGAACAGAUUUAUAGUUAGCGAAGCAUUUCGUAGUUUCCAUUGCAUUUAGCACACUCAUGUUGUUGCAGAACACCUCCACCCGCUCAAUUCGUUUCUUUCGAACUUAGAAUCUCGCAAGUGUUGACUUCGGGGUAUUGUUGUCACAUGUCAUGUCAGUUUUAUACAAUGCCGUCCACGUCACAAUAACGAGCCUACACAAAUGGAAAUCAACGAAAGCUGUACUUUUGUAGUGUAUUAUCGUCUUCUUUUGGUUCUCAUCGGCAAUAUGUGUGUAUUGGCGAUUUUGCGUUAAUGUAUCUGCGCAUACAUACGUUUAUACAUACUUAUAUACAUACAUAUACGUAUGUAUUAUUGUAUUAUAUUUUGCUGCGAAUUUUAAGUAUAUAUACCGCACGUGUGUCGUUCGCUUUUACAACGAACUCGAGAAAAUUAUAUUGUCAUACAGAUGUUCUCGCCGUGUACAUCCUAAGACGUACAUCUUAGCGACUCAGAAUGUACAGCGUAGAAUGAUUUUGUUCGUUAUUUGUUUCGUUAUAAUUUCGAUUGCGAGAAACUGCAUACAGUAUGGUCAGUUUUACCGAAGAAAAUGUAUCUUACGAUUAAUCUGUAACAAGUGUUCGAUAUUUUUCUCCAUAAUUACGCACACAUGUACUGACUAAUUUUAGAUUUGCCACAAUCAUGAUGUGAAACUGUCGACACAGCUGGUGAAAAAACGCGACGUGAGGAAUUCGCGUAAAACGUUGUAAGCGACCGCCCGCAAUUCUUCGUUACAUUUAUUGUGAAAAUACGCGUUAAAUUUUUUCCUGCACGAGAAAUAAUGCGUCUGUUAUAAGAGACGUGAUCUCGUCUCACGUUGAAUCGCAAGGCUGAGGCUGAUCAUGCGACCCAUCUAAUUAACGAGAUGCGGAAUUAUCAUAUCUCAAUAGUGACUAUUAAAACAGACUCGUGGAGAAGACUUGGUUGGCCUUUCAGGGACAGAAAAUCGCGGUUACGUCUGAAAGUCCGCUUUUCGUAUGCUACUGUAUACGGGCAUUUGCAGAUAAGAUCUACUGGACCAGUAGGCGCCUCUCGUCUCGAGGUGGUUGAAGGCGGUUAACGGUGACAGAACGAAUUAUCUCUAGAAUUAUGUCUAGUAAAACACACUAAUAUAUCUGUAUGUCUACAACUUAUUAAAGUACAAAGCGAGACCAACCGUUACUUUCCCGUAUUGUAUAAUGUUAUAUUUUAGUAUGAUAAGAUCGUGAAAGCGCGCGCGCAAGAGAGAGAAAGAGAGAGAGAGAGAUGUAUGUGUAAACAAUUUAAAUUAGUAUAUCGUCGAUGUUACCAAUGAUGAAUAUGAAAUACUGAGGAUCAUGUUAAAAUACUAUUUUAAUGUUUAUAUCGUGGGAAGAAUACUCGUGUCUUUUAUGUGUUUAUUUAAAUGAAUUUUUCUUUUAAGAUCAUGAUAAUACAACGUAUGUAAAAACGCGCAUAUUGCAGAUUCGUAUAAAUGCGAAAACGUGUGAUUCUGCGGAAUAGAUAUUAGUGAAUUCUCAGUGGCACUAGGAGCGAAAUUGAUUCAAGUUCUACGAGGUGCGUCUGUACAUAUAAUGCAUGUAAAUGUUGUACAAUCGCGACGAUUGUUUAAAUUCGCGAGUUUUGUCCGUGUUGUACUUUCGAGCGAGAAGAAUGCAGCGAAACGGUGCGUCAUAUAGCGAGAAAUUGAUAGAUCUGACGAUCGAUAAGUUAAUUUGUGCAUAGAGUUUCUCCUGAAUUUAUAUGUACUUAAGACGAAGCCUAUGUACGAUAAUCUCAUACUUGUAUUUUAAUAUUGAUCGAGACCCGAAAAGAUAUUUCAUCAUGAUGUUUCUUACAGCGCAUGUCUUUACAUGUAUCCAAUUUAUUGCGAAGCGACUUUAGUAAUAAUCAUGAAAUUCAGUUUGCUUUAAAUUAAAUCUCAACGCCGGGUUUACUCGAUAUUGAACGAUGUUUUGUAAAUUCGAUACAACGCCAUAUAGUUCAUAUAAAUAAGUUAAGACUUUGACUUAUUUAUUUAUUUAUUUAAGGAGCAAUAAUUGUCGGGUGCAUUUGCAGCAGUCAUGAUCAUCUCGUUGUCUUUUACCAAAGCUGUAAAUCGUCUCUCUGCUGUGUUAGAUAAGACAACUAAUUCAGCGAUCAUUAUUAACGAAUUAACGGAAAUACAGGCGUUCAUGAUUAAAUAGCUUAAUAUGCAUGUACUACCGUACUCAGAUAUUGUCAUCUGUCCUGGGAUUCUGUAACUCGUUAUUGGUGUUAACGACAGUUUCGUUAUCGUUGCGCAACUUUCCUACAGUAUAUAAAAGUUGCGCAAUAAUAAUGAAACUGUCGUUAACUCCAACAACGAGUUAUAGAAUCCCAGUGCAGAUACGAUUCCCUUUGCAGACUUCGUGCUUUCGCGAUGUUCGUGUUUGUAGAGUGUUAUCGUCACGGUGUGAAUUUGUGAAUAUUAAAUUUUUAAUGUAUAAAGA